UUGACAGUUAUGAUGAAGCUCUUCUUCAAACGCAAUUACACAUCUCUCUCACAAACACAUUGCAAACACUAUCACUCCACAGCAUCCCAGAUCAUUCAGCUCUGCAGAGCAGGCUCAGUCUCCGACGCCAUCUUGCUCCUCAGCUCCAUAAACUCCACACGAAAUGCCGUUUCGAAGCCAAUUAUAUAUGCCACCGUUGUGCAUGCCUGCACGAAAUCACUUCACUUCACCGUCGGCCUCCAGCUCCACUGUCACCUCGUUAAGUCCGGCCUGGAAACCGACCGUUUCGUGGGCAACAGCCUUUUAGCGCUGUACUUCAAGCUGGGCUCAGAUUUUAAUGACACUCGGAAAUUGUUUGACGGGUUGCGUUAUAAGGAUGUAGUUUCUUGGAGCUCGAUAAUAUCUGGGUACAUUCGGGUGGGAAGACCCCGGAACGCGAUUGAAUUGUAUCUUGAGAUGUUGGGAUUUGACAUUGAGCCGAAUGCGUUUACUUUGUCUGCGGUGAUCAAGGCGUGUUCGGAGGUUGGGGAGUUCAAAAUAGGGAAAUGCUUACAUGGAGUUGUCGUGAGAUGUGGAUUUGAGUCUAAUGAGGUGAUUGUGGCUGCUCUGAUUGAUAUGUACGGGAGGAGUAGUGCGCCGAGCGAAUGCCGCCAGCUGUUCGAUGAGAUGCUUGAACCAGAUGCUGUUUGCUGUACCUCUGUGAUUUCUGCGCUCACGAGGUGUGAUUUGUACCGGCAUGCUCUUGGGAUGUUCUAUUUGAUGUGUAGGAAGCAUGGGUUUUUCCCGGAUUGGUUCACAUUUGGGAGUGCUUUGACGGCUUUGGGAAAUUUAGAAAGGUUGAAGCAAGGAAAAGAAGUGCACGCUCAGGUAGUUACUGGGGGGUUUCAUGGGAAUGUGUUCGUUGAUAGUAGUUUAGUGGAUAUGUACGCCAAGUUUGGAAUGGUAGAGGAGUCGCAACGUGUUUUUGAUAGAAUGGAGAGGAAGAACUCAGUUUCAUGGUGUGCUUUGCUUGGUGGCUAUUGUCGGAAGGGUGAAUUUCAAGUGGUUAUUGAGUUAUUCAGAAAUAUUGAGAAGGACCUUUACAGUUUUGGGACUGUUCUACGGGCCUGUGCUGGUUUGGCUGCAGAGAAACUUGGAAAGGAGGUACACUGCCAAUACUUGAAGAGAGGUAGUUGGAGGGAUGUUGUGGUGGAAUCAGCCUUGGUUGAUUUAUAUGCCAAAUGUGGCUGUGUUGAUUUCGCUUACAGGAUUUUCUUGAAGAUGCCUGUUAAAAACUUGAUUACUUGGAACUCAAUGAUUGGUGGAUUUGCUCAGAAUGGAAGAGGCAGAGAAGCUGUUAGGAUUUUCGAUCAGAUGAUUCAAGAGAGAGUUAAACCUGACUAUAUAAGUUUUAUUGAAGUUCUCUUUGCUUGUAGCCACAGUGGUUUGGUUGACCAGGGGCGAAAGUACUUCAUCUCGAUGUACAAUGACUAUGGAUUAAAAGCUGGAAGUGAACAUUACAGUUGUAUGGUUGAUCUUCUAGGUCGGGCUGGCAAGAUAGAAGAAGCUGAAGACUUGAUUGUCAAAUCAGAAUUCAGAAAUAAUCCUUCUCUUUGGGCUGCUCUGCUUGGUGCUUGUGCCACCACUACCAAUCCUACUGUUGCUGAACGCAUUGCUAAGAAAAUGAUAGAACUGAAACCUGAUUAUCACUUAAGUUAUGUACUUCUAGCUAACGUGUAUAGAGCAGUUGGACGGUGGAAAGAUUCUCAUAAAAUUUGGAACCAAAUGCAGAAGAGAGGGGUGAAAAAGCUGCCUGGAAAGAGCUGGAUUGAUAAUAGCAACUUGAACCUUUGCUUUGUGUGAAUUCUCCAGAUACUCCUACAGAGAUGUAUGAAUGAGAGAGCCAGGCAUAUCGAUUGAGGAAUAGCAGUGCUAUGAUCUACAAUGGAGAUAAGGCAUAGCAUACCUGUUGUCUCUUGUUGCUGCUAUUGAAUCUGCCAGGACAUUUUUUCCCUGCGGCCGCCAAAUUAAUACAAGUGUUAAACAAAAUUCUUCUCUUUUGCUCUUCAAUUACAGGUAUGCCGAGAUGCUAGUGUGAUUCUUAAGCGGGUCAAAUACAUGCCUUAAAAAUGAUCUUAUUUGUGUUAUACUUUUCUCACUAACCUGGAGAAACGAAGGUGUUAUACAGGUUUUUGUUUAUUAACUUUAAACAUGUUAUCUACCUUUGUUGCUUGCUCUUUUUCUUAGUUCCUUUUCCAUGUGUACGAAGGGGAGAUAAAGAGAUUCCGUUUUCAUCACAGAAGAAGCUUGUUAAAUGUGAGGAAAAGAUCCCUGCUGCUCUUUGCUUAUGAUUUAUCAUUUUGAGUUUGAUUUUUUGGCAGAUUUUUCCUAAUGUUCUGGUUGGUUUCUCCCCCUCUCAACAUUUGUUACUUCCAUGAUUGGCAAGCUUGUCUUCAGUUUGACUGAUAUAAGGUCGUAGACAGUAACGUACGUGACAAUUGACACCUGGAAGUCUUUACUCUACAGUAGAAUGUUGUUGAAAAACAUUUCUCUGUGGACUACGUCUUUGGAAAAGGAUCAAAGCUCGCUGAAAUUUUCUCUAGAUAAGAUGAUUUAGUCAGAUUGAUGCAUGCAUUUUUUAUUUACAUUACUCAGCUGCAAUUCAGUUAGCUGCUCUUAAGUUAUAAUAACGAUCUGCUCAUGACAUUCGCACUGAGUUGGGAUCACCUGAUCUGCUCAUGACAUUCGCACUGAGUUGGGAACACCUGUUUUAUGUAUGCGCUUUCUAGAUAUAUGAUCUAUCAAUAUUCACAGCACUCAAAUGGCACAUUUGCCAUGCAACGGGUCAGUGUAGGCGUCAGUUUAUUGAUCUUGAUUAUCUUAUCUUUACAUACUGUAGAACUAAUAUCUUUCAACAAGUUCAGAGAUAUCAAACUUUAACUAAUAAUGAUUUCAACUGUGAUUCCAGAGUUACAGAUGCUCUGCUGAAGAGUCAGCUGGUCUGGAAGUGCCUUCGUAGCCAUGGCUGGGUAGCUCACAACGAAUCUGCAAACGCCAAGGACUGGCCUUCCAAUCGGAAUGCAGAUCCUCAUGCAAAAGAAUGUCCUGUAGAAUAAAUCUCCAACUUGGUUGGCAACUUUGCUUGUUUGGAU